AUGUUGGCUGAGAUGGUUGCACUCCAUAUUCGUGUGCAGGAGCUGGAAGAACGUAUCGCACAAGAGACUACCUUUCCUCUGCAGGCCGGCAAUGACGACAGCGAAGGCGUUCGAACGGCCUUCGAUUCUGAGCCCGUUCGAGUCGAAAUCGAGAUGAACCAACCCUCCAAUGUCCAAGAAACGAAAGACAUGGUAGAACAUCUCGAAGGCGUCUCCAUGAGUCAGAGCUCUUUCGAACUGUCUACCACAAACCAUGUUACCUUCAAGAUCGGUCAGAUCCGCACAAUACCACCAAAACUGACUUACACAACGCAACUCGGUAGACUAACACCAUGUAUAUGGCUCCCGCUAAAGGAAGAAGCCACCAUACUCCUCGACAUCUACAUCACCGAGCUCAACUAUAUUCAACACGUAACGCACACCCCUUCUUUACCAGCCGUCCUGAACGAAACAUACCGUCCAAUCGAAAGCGGUGAGCCUGUUCAUCCCAGCAAAGUCGUUUUACUGCUAAGUAUCAUCGCUCAUACAACGCAUGUAUGGAGUAUGCCGGACGGACUGAACAGAGAACGUCCCCUAUUCUUGUCCUCGACCCAAGCCCGCUCUCAGACGUCCACUUGGAUUAAGGCCACAUAUACUGUACUCGAGACAUUGCAAGAGGGGCCCUCACUGGCUCUGGAGGCUAUACAAGGCAUCAUAAUCUUGUCAUACGUCUUGUGCAACAUAGAAGGUGUAUCGCUACGAUAUCGCUCCUUAAUAUCAACUGGCUUGUUGCUAUGUCGGGAAAUGGGUCUUCACCGGAUCGACCAUGUAUUCAAUGCCGAUGCAGCCCAGACACUCAAAGCAGAGGUUGGCCGCCGAGUGUGGUGGUACCUAACUGCAACGGAUUGGUACGUCUCUCCUCGAGAAUUCGGUACAUGGAAGCUACAAAGCAGACUAACCACUUCACCCAGGCUCCUCGCAGCGCGAUACGGCGGACCCAGCGGCGGCAUCUACCAAACCAACCCUCUCCACUUCCACGUAAACAAACCCCUGAACAUCAACGACAUCGACCUCCUCGCCACCGGACCCCAACCCUCCCUCCCCCUCUCCCACCAAACAGACAUGUCCUACUUCCUGCAGCGCAUCCGGCUCGCAGAAAUCUCCCGCACCCUCGUCGACCAAGUCACCUCCGACCCUUUCCAACGCUCCGCCCACCUCAUGACCAUGGACCACCAACUCGUACAACUAACGCACGAAACACCCGCGUUCUUCCUACUAGACUACUACGACAAUAUCUUUUCCUCUGAGAAGCCAAACCACGUCUUCAUCCAAGCCUACUUCCUCAACACGCUCAUCCACACUCAGCGCUGUAAAUUGCAUCUUACUACGCUGACACGUCCGUCUGCGUCGACGGGUACCUCAACGACGCCUUCGUCGCGCACUGCGUGUCUGUACUCCGCCCGGCAGCUUAUAUACCUCGAGACGAAACUACUGCAGUCGCGGCACCCGUUUGCGAGACGGCCCCAACGGCCUCCGGCGGGGCUGUAUAGUAUAUUCAUCGCUACCAUCGCUUUGCUCAUGGAUGCUUGUGUCAAUAGGUCGGGUGAAGUACAUGCUGAGCUGCAAGAAGACCGCGAUCUAGCGAAAGGGUUGCGUAUGAUUGCUGAUGCGAGGGAUGAUUCACUGGCAGCGGCGAAGUUAUAUGAGUCGCUCAUGCAGAUUUUGGAGAAGUAUCGGGAUGCUGGGGAUACGGGAGAGAAGUACGGAAGUAGUGUGGGUGGCCAGAGUGCGGUGGAGUCUUUGCAAGAUUUGCCCCCGGAUAGAUUCGGGGAGCAACAGCAUUCUUCUCAUGUGAAUGAUGCGAUACAGCUUGAUUUGGUGGAUUGGGAUGACUUGUUCUCGAGUGUUUCUUCCUCGCCGUUCUUUUAG